UGCGGGGCCAGGUGCCCUGCUCCGCUCAGUGAGAGCCCCGCGCACGCACGCUCCCCGCCACCGCCAUGGCCCGCCUGGCCGCCGUGCUCUGGAGCCUCUGCGUCACCGCCGUCCUGGUCACCUCCGCCACCCAAGGCCUGAGCCGGGCGGGGCUCCCGUUCGGGCUGAUGCGCAGGGAGCUGGCCUGCGAGGGCUACCCCAUCGAGCUGCGGUGCCCGGGCAGCGACGUCAUCAUGGUGGAGAACGCCAACUACGGGCGCACCGAUGACAAGAUCUGCGACGCCGACCCCUUCCAGAUGGAGAAUGUGCAGUGCUACCUGCCCGACGCCUUCAAGAUCAUGUCACAGAGGUGUAACAACCGAACCCAGUGCGUGGUGGUGGCCGGCUCUGAUGCCUUUCCUGACCCCUGUCCUGGGACCUACAAGUACCUGGAGGUGCAGUACGACUGUGUCCCCUACAUCUUCGUGUGUCCGGGCACGCUGCAGAAGGUGCUGGAACCCACGUCCACACACGAGUCGGAGCACCAGUCGGGCGCGUGGUGCAAGGACCCGCUGCAGGCGGGCGACCGCAUCUACGUCAUGCCCUGGAUCCCCUACCGCACCGACACGCUCACCGAGUACGCCUCGUGGGAGGACUACGUGGCCGCCCGCCACACCACCACCUACCGCCUGCCCAACCGCGUGGACGGCACGGGCUUCGUGGUGUACGACGGCGCCGUCUUCUACAACAAGGAGCGCACGCGCAACAUCGUCAAGUACGACCUGCGCACGCGCAUCAAGAGCGGGGAGACGGUCAUCAACACGGCCAACUACCACGACACCUCGCCCUACCGCUGGGGCGGCAAGACGGACAUCGACCUGGCGGUGGACGAGAACGGCCUGUGGGUCAUCUACGCCACCGAGGGCAACAACGGGCGGCUGGUGGUGAGCCAGCUGAACCCCUACACGCUGCGCUUCGAGGGCACCUGGGAGACGGGCUACGACAAGCGCUCGGCCUCCAACGCCUUCAUGGUGUGCGGGGUGCUGUACGUGCUGCGCUCCGUCUACGUGGACGACGACAGCGAGGCGGCCGGCAACCGCGUGGACUACGCCUUCAACACCAACGCCAACCGCGAGGAGCCCGUGGGCCUGGCCUUCCCCAACCCCUACCAGUUCGUGUCCUCCGUGGACUACAACCCCCGCGACAACCAGCUCUACGUGUGGAACAACUACUUCGUGGUGCGCUACAGCCUGGAGUUCGGGCCCCCGGACCCCAGUGCGGGCCCAGCCACCUCCCCGCCCCUCAGUACCACGACCACGGCGCGGCCCACGCCCCUCUCCAGCACAGCCUCGCCCGCAGCCACCACCCCGCUCCGCCGGGCACCCCUCACCACGCACCCCGUGGGUGCCAUCAAUCAGCUGGGACCCGACCUGCCUCCCGCCACAGCCCCGGCCCCCAGCACCCGGCGACCCCCCGCCCCCAACCUGCACGUGUCCCCGGAGCUCUUCUGCGAACCCCGAGAGGCACGGCGGGUCCAGUGGCCGGCCACCCAGCAGGGCAUGCUCGUGGAGCGGCCCUGCCCCAAGGGGACUCGGGGCAUCGCCUCGUUCCAGUGUCUGCCGGCCUUGGGGCUCUGGAACCCCCGGGGCCCGGACCUCAGCAACUGUACAUCUCCCUGGGUCAACCAGGUUGCUCAGAAGAUUAAGAGUGGCGAGAACGCGGCCAACAUCGCCAGCGAGCUGGCGCGCCACACGCGGGGCUCCAUCUACGCGGGGGACGUGUCGUCGUCCGUGAAGCUGCUGGAGCAGCUGCUGGACAUCCUGGACGCCCAGCUGCAGGCGCUGAGGCCCAUCGAGCGCGAGUCGGCCGGCAAGAACUACAACAAGAUGCACAAGCGAGAGAGAACCUGCAAGGAUUACAUCAAGGCCGUGGUGGAGACGGUGGACAACCUGCUCCGGCCCGAGGCACUCGAGUCCUGGAAGGACAUGAACGCCACGGAGCAGGUGCACACAGCCACCAUGCUGCUGGAUGUCCUGGAGGAGGGCGCCUUCUUGCUGGCUGACAAUGUCAGGGAACCCGCCCGCUUCCUGGCAGCCAAGCAGAAUGUGGUCCUGGAGGUCACCGUCCUGAACACGGAGGGCCAGGUGCAGGAGCUGGUGUUUCCCCAGGAGUACCCCAGCGAGAACUCCAUCCAGCUGUCCGCCAACACCAUCAAGCAGAACAGCCGGAACGGAGUGGUGAAAGUGGUCUUCAUCCUCUACAACAACCUGGGCCUCUUCCUGUCCACGGAGAACGCCACGGUGAAGCUGGCGGGCGAGGCGGGCGCGGGCGGCGCCUCGCUGGUGGUGAACUCGCAGGUGAUCGCCGCGUCCAUCAACAAGGAGUCCAGCCGCGUCUUCCUCAUGGACCCUGUCAUCUUCACCGUGGCCCACCUGGAGGCCAAGAACCACUUCAACGCCAACUGCUCCUUCUGGAACUACUCGGAGCGCUCCAUGCUGGGCUACUGGUCGACCCAGGGCUGCCGCCUGGUGGAGUCCAACAAGACACACACCACGUGUGCCUGCAGCCACCUCACCAACUUCGCCGUACUCAUGGCGCACCGAGAAAUCUACCAGGGCCGCAUCAACGAGCUGCUGCUGUCAGUCAUUACCUGGGUGGGCAUCGUGAUCUCACUGGUCUGCCUCGCCAUCUGCAUCUCCACCUUCUGCUUCCUGCGGGGCCUACAGACCGACCGCAACACCAUCCACAAGAACCUGUGCAUCAACCUCUUCCUGGCAGAGCUGCUUUUCCUGGUGGGGAUAGACAAGACGCAGUACGAGAUUGCCUGCCCCAUCUUCGCGGGCUUGCUGCACUACUUCUUCUUGGCCGCCUUCUCCUGGCUGUGCCUGGAGGGCGUGCAUCUCUACCUGCUGCUGGUGGAGGUGUUUGAGAGCGAGUACUCGCGCACCAAGUACUACUACCUGGGUGGCUACUGCUUCCCCGCCCUGGUGGUGGGCAUCGCCGCCGCCAUUGACUACCGCAGCUACGGCACCGAGAAGGCCUGCUGGCUCCGAGUGGACAAUUACUUUAUCUGGAGCUUCAUUGGGCCUGUCUCCUUCGUUAUCGUGGUGAACCUGGUGUUCCUCAUGGUGACACUGCACAAGAUGAUUCGCAGCUCAUCCGUGCUCAAGCCAGACUCCAGUCGCCUGGACAAUAUUAAGUCCUGGGCCCUGGGGGCCAUUGCGUUGCUCUUCCUGCUGGGUCUCACCUGGGCCUUCGGCCUCCUCUUCAUCAACAAGGAGUCUGUGGUGAUGGCCUACCUGUUCACCACCUUCAACGCCUUCCAGGGGGUCUUCAUCUUCGUUUUUCACUGCGCCUUGCAGAAGAAGGUACACAAGGAGUACAGCAAGUGCCUGCGCCACUCGUACUGCUGCAUCCGCUCCCCGCCAGGGGGCGCGCACGGCUCCCUCAAGACCUCGGCCAUGCGCAGCAACACCCGCUACUACACCGGGACCCAGAGCCGGAUCCGGAGGAUGUGGAAUGACACAGUGCGGAAGCAGACGGAGUCGUCCUUCAUGGCGGGCGACAUCAACAGCACCCCCACCCUGAACCGAGGAACCAUGGGGAACCACCUCCUGACCAACCCCGUGCUGCAGCCGCGCGGGGGCAGCAGCCCCUACAACACGCUCAUCGCCGAGUCGGUGGGCUUCAACCCCUCCUCGCCCCCCGUCUUCAACUCCCCAGGACAGAUGGACGGGGCCCCAUCCCCUGCACCCCAGCUCCGCUGCCCGCUCCCCGCCUGCAGCCAGCGCCUCCGGGCCCGGGCAGUGGUGGCCGGCGGUUUCAAGGUGGAACUAUCCACAAGCUCCUUCCCCCUCGCUAUGGGUCCCCCGUGUCCCCGCCCUCCAGCCAGCCGCCCCCCCCCGCCCCGGCCCCCCAGAGUGCACCCAAUGACCCCCUGCCUUGGGGCGACUCCUGAUGAAGCACAACUCCCCACAGGGCCCCAGCCCGCGGGGGCGGCCGUGGCCGGGCAGUCCCGGCCCUGUGGGCCCGGCGAUCUGGGGGAGCAGAUUGUGGGUCUGGGUCUCCCCGGGGAGUGGGUCCUGGGCUUGGAUCUUCCCCAGGGAACCCCGCCCGCCCCGCCCUGCCCGCCCCCCUUGCUGUAA